CGCCGCAGGGCCUGGCCUUGACGCCCCAGCCCGGACCCUUCCUGCGCUUCCACUUUCAGAGAGGCUUGGUCACGAGAUCCACUUGCCCUUAAAAAACCAGACCGAGACUUUUUUUUCUUUUUUUCUCCAUUUUCGUUUUUGCUCUUGCCCCAGACUGAAUUUCUACCCGCAAACGGGGACCCUGGGGUAGAGGUGCGUUUUAAGCGAGCCUCGCCGGUAGCUCAGUGCUGUCUCCUGCGCCAGGAUGCCCCAGCGUGGAGCGCUCCUAGCGGAACUCGGCGCCGGCUCCUGGGCGCGCUCUUCGGGGCGCACGGCCCCAGGCUUUCUGUCCCAUCUUUCUCUGUCCCAUACUCCUCUUCUGACCCCCAGUUCACCUCUUCCCCCGGUCCCAGAAUGCGACUUGUGUUUUGAGUAUUUCUCUUUCAUAUCCUCCAUACCCCCCAUCCCCAACACGCGCGCGCGCACGCACACACGAUGCCCGUGCGAAGGUUGUUUUCCACUUUCCCCCCGCGUUUCUCAGGUCUUCUUCCCCUCACACAGGACGGAGUCGGCCCCAGCGCUGACCCCUUAGGCCUCCCGUUUCUUGUCUGUGCCUUGGGCACAGGAGAAUUCCAUGUUUCAUUCCGUGUUCACGUGACCUCCGGGUUCUGUGCUUCCUCUCCAGUCGCAAGACAAGAAACCACCCUCAUUUCGGGGAGACACGGAAUCCCACAGUAGCUUGUGAGGGACUGACUCGGGACUGGGAUGCCGGGAAAAGCUUCCUGGAGGAGACUCAGCACCAGACACGGGCCCCUUGUGGACACGUCUCCAUACGUGAGCUGCAGGUGUGGCAGGAUAACACAAAGUGCUGGAACACACUGCUGUCCCACUUGCAAGACCAAAAACUUCCUUUAAAAAUAAAAUUCAGAGAUUUCCUUAUGAAACAAAUUCAGCCACUUUGUGUCAUCCUGCCGCACCUGCACUUCAGGCACGGAGACGUGUCCACAAGGAGCCCGUGUCUGGUGCUGAGUCUCCUCCAGGAAACUUUUCCUGGCAUCCCAGUCCCCAGUUAGUCCCUCACAGGCUACGGUGGGAUUCGGUGUCUCCCCCAGUUUUUCUGCAGCGGGUUCAUAUUAAAAAUCUCGAGGGUGGAUUGUGGCUUUGCCAUCCCUCCUGUACCCCACGGUGAGAUGCACAUAGCUCACUGUGCUCUGCCAGACGACACACACGUCACACCGUCACCCUCAGCGAACGAUGCAGGAUCCUUAAGGGACCAGCCCACAUUUUGCAGACCAGGAAACUGACUCCGGAAGAGGACAGGACUCAUCCAGAGGUGGCGGCCAAGAAGCCUAGAACUUGUCUUUGGAGCUUUGGCUGCAUUUGAUUGCACUCCUCAUUUCUCUUGAGCUCUGGCCUCAAAGGGCUGCGUUUCUGCACUCUACCACAUGCUCUGCAUGGAGUUGGCGGAAGCAGCUAUGGCGAGGGCGCGGGAGGGAGGGAGGAACUCCAGGAGUCCAUCCUCCAGUACUGCUGACCUGCGGAGGAGUGAGGGGAGGGAGACCCCAGGCCUGCACGCACGCCAUGCUGAGCCGGCCAGCUCAGCUGCCCGGUGUUGGGGCAAAUAGCUUCUCAGCCCUCACCAGUGUCUUACUGGGUGAAGUGCAUUGCAGGCCCUGACUCCAUAGGCUGCCCUGGCCUCACAGGGGUGCGCCCUCUGUGCCCUUCCAGUGGGCUCAGGUGUAGGGAGGGGUGUGGGGUGUUUCGCAGAUUUGUUAGGAGAGGAUGGAAUUGUCCACCUAGAAGGGAUGAGAAUGACCCACAUCCUCUUUAUGUAGAAGGGUGAGAAGAUACUUCAAAACUCCAACAGAAAGAUGUGUUUGAUUAGAGCUGCGACAUUUCUGUGUCGUUUUUCUUCAUAUUGGUCAAAGCCCCUGAAGUGCUGUGCCUGGAGAUACCAUCGUGGACCCCGGAGAGGCACCCUGCAGCUUAUGCGGCAAAACCUCGACCACCCCAGACCUGGUCAGUUUGAGGGGAGCUGCUACCACAGUAUCCACUGAGGCCGGGGUUCCGGUCGUGUGGAGCAGCAGAGGGGAGUCUGACAGGGUCACCUCCUCCACAGAGAGAACUGGCAGCUGACUGCACUGCCAGGAGCCAAGGCUUGGGUGUGUGGAGCCUGGAAGACCAGGGACACCUGAGGCAGGAGGUGCAGCGUGUGGAGUGGGGAACCCGAGACGGACUGGGGCCUGUGCUCAGGAUCAGGCAGGCAGAGUGGAGAGGGAGAGACGGAGCCCUGGAAGGGGAGCAGGAGGAGGGGGAGUAGUGGCAGCAGCCCAGGCCAGGCGUGUGUCCUGCAAGUGCUAGGACUAGCUACCCCUCCCCAUGGCCUCCAAGCCGGCUGCCGGGAAGAGCGGAGGGGAGAAGCGGAAGAGGGUGGUGCUGACGCUGAAGGAGAAGAUUGACAUCUGUACGCGCCUGGAGAAGGGCGAGAGCCGGAAGGCGCUGAUGCAGGAGUACAACGUGGGCAUGUCCACCCUCUACGACAUCAGGGCCCACAAGGCACAGCUGCUUCGGUUCUUCGCCAGCUCGGACUCCAACAAGGCCCUGGAGCAGCGGCGCACGCUGCACACGCCCAAGCUGGAGCACCUGGACCGCGUCCUGUACGAGUGGUUCCUGGGGAAGCGCUCCGAGGGCGUCCCCGUGUCAGGCCCCAUGCUCAUCGAGAAGGCCAAGGACUUCUACGAGCAGAUGCAGCUCACUGAGCCCUGUGUGUUCUCUGGAGGGUGGCUUUGGCGCUUUAAGGCCAGACACGGCAUUAAAAAGCUAGAUGCAUCCAGUGAGAAGCAGGCAGCCGACCACCAGGCCGCGGAGCAGUUCUGUGGGUUUUUCAGGAGCUUGGCUGCCGAGCACGGGCUGUCCCCCGAGCAGGUUUACAACGCUGAUGAGACCGGCCUUUUCUGGCGGUGCCUGCCAAAUCCCACUCCAGAAGGCGGGGCCGUGCCUGGCCUCAAGCAGAGCAAGGACCGGCUGACCGUGCUGAUGUGUGCCAACGCCACAGGCUCCCACAGGCUCAAGCCCUUGGCCAUCGGGAAAUGCAGCGGCCCCAGGGCUUUCAAAGGCAUCCAGCACCUGCCUGUGGCCUAUAAGGCCCAGGGGAGCGCCUGGGUGGACAAGGAGAUUUUUUCCGAUUGGUUCCAUCAUAUCUUCGUGCCCUCGGUGAGAGAGCACUUCAGAACCAUAGGUUUGCCGGAAGACAGCAAGGCCGUCCUCUUGCUGGACAGCUCCCGGGCUCACCCGCAGGAGGCCGAGCUGGUGUCCAGUAAUGUUUUCACCAUCUUCCUGCCUGCCAGCGUGGCCUCAUUGGUGCAGCCCAUGGAGCAGGGCAUUCGGAGAGACUUCAUGAGGAACUUCAUUAACCCUCCGACCCCCCUCCAGGGCCCUCACGCCCGCUACAAUAUGAAUGAUGCCAUAUUCAGCAUGGCCUGUGCCUGGAAUGCAAUUCCCAGUCACGUCUUCAGGCGGGCCUGGAGGAAGCUGUGGCCAUCAGUUGUGUUUGCUGAAGGCUCCUCCUCUGAGGAGGAGGUGGAGGCAGAGCACUUCCAAGCGAAGCCCCACAACACGUCCUUUGCGCACAUCCUGGAACUUGUGAAGGAAGGCUCCUCCUGCCCGGGCCAGCUUCGCCAGCGCCAGGCCGCCGGCUGGGGUGUAGCAGGAAGGGAGGCAGAAGGGGGACAACCCCCUGCUGCCACGUUGCCAGCAGAGGUUGUGUGGGGUUCAGAAAAGACUCCGAAAGCUGACCAAGACGGUGGAGGAGAUCCUGGUGAGGGUGAGGAGGCGGCCUGGGAGCAGGCAGCCGUGGCCUUCGACGCAGUUCUGCGCUUUGCGGAGCGGCAGCCGUGCUUCAGUGCACAGGAAGUGGGGCAGCUGCGAGCGCUGCGCGCCGUGUUCCGGAGCCAGCAGCAGGUGAGGAGGCGGCGUGGCGCCCUUGGGGCUGUGGUCAAGGUUGAAACCCUCCAGGAGGGCCCUGGUGGCUGCGGGGCCACGGCUCACUCUCCCUUGCCCUGCUCAUCCACAACAGGUGACAACUGAUGGCUUCUCUGCCCUGUCCUGGCCACUGGCCCUGUUUCUCCACGCACCCUGGAGUGGCAUGGUCCUGUGCCCCGACCCCACCUGAGGCAGGAGGGCAUGUGCAGACACUGAAGAGCCCUUCCAGGAGCGGGUCGCCCAUGGGUGUGGCUCGGGUGCCCAGGACAGUCUGUGCCCGAGGUUCCUGUCGAUACAGGUUUUAUCACUUGCCAUGUCAUCCGAAAGUGAGGAAAUGUUUUGGAAGGGUCCACCCUAGCCUAGAACAAGCCAGAGCCUCACUCUGGCUGGAAUGGGGGCCAGGCUGGGCUGAUCUGGCCUCGUGUUCGCUGGCUGAUCAUUGCAGUAUCAGAGGGUGGAGAUGUCUGUCUGUCCAUGUGGAGAGAAGUUGCCCUCCAGGCCGACAGGAGGCCAUGCCCACCGCCCCUGGACAAGCUUCGUCUCAGAAGGCUCUAUCUGCUGGGCUGGCGGCCAUCCCCUUGUUGGGUGGACCCCGGCACGGUGCCUGAGGGCCGAUGGCCGAGAGCUAGGACUCAGUUCUUGGCCUGCUCUCGGCUGAAGAGGCCGCACGUCUCACUUCAGUCGUGGCCUCGUUCAGCAGAAUGACUGGAACCAUCCUCUGUUACCCGCAGAUCCCAUCCCAUGGUCUCUGGCCCCAGGAUGUGGGGGGCCCCACGGAGAGUUGACUUGGUAGAGUUUCUUUCCGUGAAGAAAGUAGGAGUGGCUGACCAGGCCCUGCUCAUCACCCGGAUACAGGACACAGACCCUGCGUGGUAUUUUGGCAUUUUGGCUCAGAGUGCAAUGUGCCAUGUUGCCCAGAAUUUCAUACUUACGGCCUUUACAUGAAUACGUCUUGAUCAGGCGUUCAGAGAUUAGUCUUAGGUUUGCACGUAAGUCACUGGAAACAGUAAAACAGGUUGCUUAGAUUUCCAGCAAUUAUAUUUGUGCUCUUAUCCCCAGCUGUUAGCACGUUAGUAAUACCUUGGGGGAGGAGUUGUCUGUCCUGGUCAGUGUUCACAGACGCGGUUGUAAGAGGAUGUGGUGAUUUUCUCCACGUCUGUAGCUGCUUUGCAGCAUCUCCAUUUCACGGGCAGCACUCGCUUCCUGCAGCUGAAAUUCCAGAAUGCCCUGUGUCCACAGUGAUUAGCCUCGUCUUUGAGCGAGCAUGAAAUAGGUGCAUUGUUCUUUUUUUUCAUUCUUGAGGCAGGGUCUCACUCUGUUGACCAGGCUGGAGUGAAGUGGUGUGAUCACAGCUCACUGCAGCCUCGACCUCCCUGGCUUGAGUGAUCCUCCCACCCCAGCCUCCUGAGUACCUGGGACUAGAGGCGUGCACCGUGACGCCUACCUUUUUAUUUUUUUGUAGAGACAGAGUCUCACUGUGUUGCCGAGGCUAGUCUUGAACUCUCGGCCUCAAGCAGUCCUCCCUCCUCAGCCUCCCACAGUGCUGGGAUUACAGGCGUGAGCCCCAGCACUCGGCCUAAAUGGGUUUUUCUUGCUAUGUUAUUUUCAGUGCUUUGCUCUUGAAUUCUUUUCCCCUCUUAAAUUUGUAUCAUUUGGCUGAGUCAGCACGUAGUUUGCAUUCCAGCGUCUGCUGUUGAUUCCACUGAAACCUUUGUUCUCAUGAAGGAGAGGAUUUGGCUCGCUGUGGUUUCUUGUAUUUUCACAUCUCUGCCGAUACAGGGGCAAAAGUCAUUCCUGACAGAGCCCUGCCUGUGUCCUGGGAGUGUGUGUUUCUUGCUUUGAAUGCAUGUGUGAUGGUUAUAAAAGCCAAAUAGUUUCUGAAGAUCUCGGUGCUGAAUGACAGUCCCAGUUGUUCCCAUUUGGGUCCCGUUGCCUUCGUAGUGUCACCCCCCCGUUUGCUUCCUGUGUCUGGGGAACUUCUGCACAUCCGUGUACUUCGUGCCAUUUCUGGGCUCACAUGUCACUCCUAGCAGAGCCUCAUAACCAAGAUUGCUGGAUUGCGGCUGCUUGAGGCAACGCAGGAGGUUAGAACAUGUCUCGAGGGCUCUGAAGCAGCGGGACAUCCUGGGUGGGUGGAGCUGAGGAGGGCACGGGGCAGGCCUGCCGAGCUCCUGGCUGGCUCUCCUGAAUCCUCUGGAGAUGGCUUGUCCCUGUCAGACUGUAGCUCUUCAGGACCUGAGCUCUUCCCGCUCUUGACCUGCUUCUGUGCUGACUGUGCUGGGCUCAUGGGUAGACAUUUGUCCCCAGUGAGUGGCUGUGUCCUCAGGGUGCCCCUCUUUGAGACUAAUUGCAACAAGGCUUGGAACCUGACUCUAGGCACAGCCCCUGUGGGUGGAAUCCCUUGUACCACCCAGGGGACUUGGGCCCUGCUCCUCCUGCAGCCCCUCCUCACCUGGGCUCGCUGCUGCGGGUCUCCCUGGAGUGAGGUUUUUAGGGAGCCCAGAGCUUACUCAUCUCUGCGCUGCUGGGCCCAGCUGCCUGCUGCAUACUUCCUGCCUCCAUCCUGUCCCCCGGAACGCUUUGUGGAGACUGCUGUUUCCUCUGAACACUUUGUUUUCACUUCCUGACCAGUCUCAAAAGCUCAAGUGGUGGAAUGUUUUAGCCUCAGAAUCUUGUUCCCCAAGCCCUCUCAGGUGGAGCCCCGCUGCACCAGACACCACAGCACAGCCCUGUGAGGCUGUGUCUCCUCACUCCGUUUCUGGGGCUGCUGAGGCCCCUGGGAAGCCCUGGAGCUUGCCAGAGCAGAGGGUGCAAGUCUCUGGUCCCGUUUAAAUGCCUCUCCCUUUUAUCUGUGAACACGGGGCUGGAGCCACUCCUUGUCUUCUCACCGUGCCCCUACAGGUCAUGGCCUCAGUUCUCCAGUGGCUUUUGGGGCAGCAGGUGCUGCGACAUCUGGUUUGGGACCUCCGUGGCUGCUUCCAGCCUGCUAGUAGAACGAACCUCUUUGUACCACCACAUUCUUCUCUGGUGGUGCCCCUGAGGGCUCAGGCCUGAAGGCACUCCUUUGUCCUCAGUUGGGACAGGCAGCCUCCACUCUGGGAGCUCCCAUCCCUCAGGGUGCCCAGGAGAGGCCAUACUUUCAGGGUGGCACGGUGAAUUCAGGGAUUGGGAUUGGUAGGUGGUCUUUCAGCCCCUUCUACCUUGGAUUGGUUUACAGAACACCUGUCCUGCCUGUGCCAGCCUGGAUCUCUGUGGGCACCCCCGGCACGCUGUGCUGAAGGUUGUCUGCCUCCUGCAUAGGAGGAUCUAGAGCGGACCUUGCCCUGGGCCCGUCUGCAGGCCACUGUUCUUAUCCAGCAGGCCGAGUGAGUGAUUGCUAGUGGUAGGUUGACUGGAAGAAAGGAAGUCGCAGCCCCUGCUCAUGGCUUCCUCAGCUCCCUGGGGUUGGAGGACUGUCAUCAGUUGUCCCCAGUUUGGAGGAGGUUCAGGGUCCCGGUGGCUGGAUGUGCUUCCGGAGGGACAGGGUUUUGGAGGACUGUCAUCAGUUGUCCCCAGUUAAAGUCCAUUUGGAGGAGGUUCAGGGUCCCAGUGGCUGGAUGUGCUUCCGGAGGGACAGGGUUCGAGGCAGGGAUUUGCAGAAGGUGUGGACUGCAUCCUUUCUUGGGAGGCUGUGGCACAAGGCAGCCAAACUUGGGACAAAUCAAGACCCAUCCACACUGCACCUCAGGGACCUCACCUCACCCCACAUACAUGUGCUUAUGGGGGGCCGGGGGUGGUGGCUUCUGCCUGAAAUCCCAGCGCUCUGGAACGCCAAGGCAGGAGGAUCAUGUUACUUCAG